AUGGGUCCUCCGAAGCUACUUCCGCCUUCCCCAGACCUGCCUAUGCCCACCCCUCCCCCUUUUCUGUCCUUCUCUGCCUCUUGCACGCCAUCGGGUACCCAGCAGGCCCUUGGAAUAGAAAUUCUCAUCUACAAAACCCUUGCCGCGGACAAGGCGUGUUUGCACCUGGUGCUAGCGGUAAUCCGUCGCAGACAAGCACCAGCUAUGCUCUCUGCUAAAACAAAUACUCGGUGCCUACUGUACCUUGGUGCCACGUCCGACCUGAUGUUCCCCAUCAAUGUGUCGCUCGCCGAGGCUUGUCUACCUCUGACCGAGUCUCUUAUGCAGCUUGCCACAAACGAGGCACGAGCAUCCCCGGAUUCCCCAAGCGUUUCCCCGGAGCCUCUCCGGCGCGCCCAAAAUGGUGAAAUUACAAGUAGUAGCGGUCCAUCCAGCACUGAAUCGUGCUACCUGUACACCCCUCUGCGGAGGUGCCUGGGUAAAUGA